AUGUUGCGAGUGCUGCGGCGGAGAAUCUUCAGUCCAGCGGCGGAGAAAGUACGUUUUAGCAGCAGCCUAAGCAGCAGCGACGGAGAUUUUCCGGUGUUGAAAGGUCACAAAGCGGCUCAAGACUUAUCCAAAGACACUCUAAAUUCCCAUGAAACAACAAAAACCAAAGAAGAUCAAUACAAAGUGGUUAAAAAGGAAUUCAAGAUUUACAGAUGGAACCCUGACAAGCCAAACACUAAACCUUUUCUUCAAUCUUUCUUCGUAGAUCUUUCCACUUGUGGUCCAAUGGUUUUGGACGUGUUACAAAAGAUUAAAGGAGAGGAAGAUGCGAGUUUGAGUUAUAGAAGAUCAUGUAGAGAAGGGAUUUGUGGAUCUUGCUCAAUGAACAUCGACGGUACUAACACCGUCGCAUGUCUUAAACCUAUAAAUUCAGACACGUCGAAGCCCACCAUUAUCACUCCUUUGCCUCACAUGUACGUCAUCAAAGAUCUAGUCAUCGACCUCACUAACUUUUACCAACAAUACAAAUCAGUGGAGCCAUGGCUAAAGACAAGGAAGCCACCAAAAGACGGACGUGAACACAGGCAAUCACCAAGUGACCGGAAGAAACUAGACGGGUUAUACGAAUGCAUAUUGUGUGCAUGUUGUACAACAUCCUGUCCUUCUUAUUGGUGGAACCCCGAGGAGUUUCCAGGACCCGCGGCUUUACUACAGGCUUACCGUUGGAUCAGCGACAGCCGCGAUGAGUUUAGACAAGAGAGGAUACAAGCGAUAACAGAAGAUGAUAGGAAAGUGUAUAGAUGCAGAGCAAUCAAGAACUGUACGGCCACUUGUCCUAAAGGACUUAACCCAGCUAGUGCCAUUUUGAAGAUGAAGGCUAAGAAUUUGCUCUCUGAUCCGUUCAAGAAAACCUAA